AUGAGGUGUCCUAAAACAGGAUUUACUCCACUGAAAAUAGCGUCUCUUGUAGUUGGAGGAAUAACGAUUAUUAUCCACAUCACGGCUGUGGCGUAUCCGGAGUGGGACGGAAUAAAUGUACAAAAACAAUCACAACGAAUACAGGGUUACGGAUCGAUAUGGGACUUCACGGUAACUGAAGACAGCACAAAAAUAUUCUUUUAUAAUUCUUCAGCACGACACUUGAUGGACACGGCCUGGAAAAAACCUAUUACUAUAAUGGCGACCACUGGUAUUGCAGCAGGGGUUGUUGGAGAAGGAUUUAUUGUUUUGACGGUUUUACUGGAAAGAUGUACGAAGAAUUUCUAUGUCCAUCUUUGUGCGAAUAUGAUAUCAGUCACAUCUAUUUUAUGUGCAUCAUUUGAGUGCCUAAUGGGAGCCAUUUUAUACAAGUAUAACUAUACUAAACAUGAAGCUCCAAAAGAUCUGAACAUCAAUCGGCAUCUUCCAUACGAAGAACAUGUUCUUCGAGCAGGGUUCUACCUUGAAUGCGCAGCCGGCAGCCUAUUUAUACUUACCUCAUUAAUCCCCAUUUUGGAUAUUAUGUAUUAUGGGGAAAAGAAAACACCUUCCAUCAGCCCAGCGAUCGAUGAGGAAAACCAGAUAAUAACCGGAAAAGAUAAGACAACCAGAGAAAAAUAAAAAAAAAACCAAAGAAAAGAGACAAACACGUUCUUGAAGACGUACAUGUAACCGUAUAUAAUUCGGAAAAGAAAAAAAUGUUGUCGUUGUAGUUCGAUCAAAUAAGCUGAUAUAAUGAUACUUAUACAAGUGGAUUUAUAAAUGUGAUAUUUUCACAUGCUUAUCGGUCGCUUGCAAAAUUAGAUAUUAGUAAAAACUAAUGUUGACUUCACUUUUCCAAUUGAAAACGUAGAGAUAAUCUAAUCAGUAAGAUAUUUGUAAGCAGCAAGACACGUUUUUA